UAGAAAACACGAUACAAAACGAUACGGAGGAGAAGUAGAACAACAAAGGCGAUAACAAUGAGACGUUCAAAAUUGAGACAAUGCAAUCCAAGUAAUUUAAUCGAUUCUUCAGUACGAUUGAGCGACCGUGAUUCGUGACUAAUUCGUGUGGAUCCUUCGGCUGGCCGUCCAGACACACAGCCCAGUCCGCCCGCCCUACCGAGAACGAUCCUCGCAGGAACUCCGUUUAAAUAACUCGCCCGAGUGUCGCCCUAUCGCUACCCUCACCACCGUCAUCCAGCAGUCGACCGACCAAAAAAACACACAAGGGAGCUGUAAACGAAUCGCUAGUAUUGUCUACGAUUCGUGCGUAUAAUACCCGUGUCAUUGUCGAUUGUUUAGACGGUACGCACAAUGCGCCCUGUGGCACCGCCGCUGCUGCUGCGUCUUCUUCUUCCCGUGGCGUGUCUGCUGUGCGCGCACGCCCGCGACGCAGACUCGGCCCCCGUACCGGGGAAUCGAACCCGGCUGCCCGCAGCGCCGGCGAGACCGCCACCAGCGGCGGGGUGCGCAGACGAUCUCGCAGGCUCUUCGCCGCGUCUCCACGGCCUCCUCCGACUCGCGUGCGACCCUGACUCGGCGUGGAAAUCCGCCAUCGCCGUGUCCUCCGGCGUCGGAGUCGUCUUCUCCGCCGCGCUGCUCUGCGUGCAGACCAGCGCGGCUCUGUGCGGCUCCGAAGCCGCGCGGAGCGGCAGCCGCAGCCGUCGCCCCGUGCUCGCGCUCCAAGCGCUGUGCGCUCUCGCCACCGUGGCGCUCUUCUCGCUCAGCAUCGCCUCCUUGGCUCCCGCCGCGCGGCCGCUCUGCAUCGCGAGGCGCUUCUUGCUCGGCUUGCUGUGCGCCCUGAGCGUCGGCUGUCUGCUCGCGCACGCGUGCGCUCUGCUGAGGCUGGCCGCGUCUCGUGGAUCUCCGUCGCUCGCCGCGGCAGGCGACCACCACAGCGAUCGCGGCAUUGACAUUCUUCUUCACCACCACCGUCGGCCAUGCGGGACCGCGCGUCUCUGCGGAAUAGGCUUGGCAUUGGCCGCCGUGCAAGCUGCGCUGGGUACGCAGUGGGUGGUGUUGAUGACCACGCCGACGACGCCGGCGAUGGCGGGAGACCCCUGCGUGCACACGAACCGCUGGGACGUCGCCCUUCCUCUCUUCUACCCGCUCGCCCUCCUGCUGGCCGCCGACGUCGCCUCUCUGCUGGCGCUGUGGCGCGUGACCAGCGCCGCUCCUCGCCUGCCGCGCUGGUGCUUCACGCACGCGCGCCUCCUGUUCGCCACGGCGGCGCUGUCCAGCGGCCUGUGGCUCGCGUGGAUCGCGCUCUACGAGAGGCGGGGAGCCGGGGUCGCCAGGGCCGACGGGGUCGCGACGCGCCGCGCCGAGCGAUGGGGCCGCGCCGCCACCGCCGCAGCGCCCGCGUGCCAGGCGGCGGUUCUGCUCGUGGUCUACCUGUGGCCGAGUAGCCUGGCCUUGCUCUCCAGCAGGAGGAAGGGGAUCGGCUCGGUGGUCGGGGAUGGUGGUGCUGGUGGUGGUGAUGAUGGGGUCCGGUCUAGGGGAGGGAAUCCAGGGGGAGUGCCGCUACCGCCUCCACCACCACCACCGCCGCCACCUCCUCCGACGCCGAUCGGAACCCAGCUUGUCCGCGGCUCCAGCCAGUGUCCAGGCCUCGUUCCCAGCACCGCGGCAGGUGUGGGCGGUCAGCUGCAGCAGACCUUCGCCCGGGGGCGAACCCACGUGUGUGGGGUCGAGGUCCGGACCAGGGACAAUGCUGUGAACAGCUUUAUCCCGACACCAUCCGCCCAUCUUCCCAGCCCAGGCGACCUGACCUCGGUUUGGCUGGAGGCUCCGGGCAUCGCCAGAAAUUGAGGGGCCCCACCACUGUUCGAAUUGGCCGCGCGGCUAUGUUUGUGUGUACGCGUGUUACGUGUGUGGUACUGGACACGCCACCCUCGAGUGACGUGCCAGUCCUAAUGGGUGCUCGCUAACGACACUUGCACUGACCAGGUUGUUAAAGGCAAUAGGAACGUGCACACUAAUACAUGGAUUCGCACAUUGGUGAGGUGGGUGCUUGGAUAAGACAACAUUUAACGAAUAUCACAAGGAAGUUGGUAAUUAUAUAAGGUUUCUAAAAGGUUCAUCACGACAAUAUGCCAUGAGUUAAGCUUACUACUCAUUGUCUCUGCCCCCAGGUCUGCGAACACAUUGUUCAAUUGCUAAUGAUGUUCACUUUACUCGUAGGGCCAGAUGUACUUCUCUAUGGGAUGGCAAAUAUACGUAGCCAACAGUGGCAACAUUUUCACCAAUUAUAUUAUCAGACAAAAAGGGGACAUUCGCCUUCACACGCUCAUUCUCUGCACCAAGGGCCACUGUGUAGGCAGUUUGGUGUUGUACGUCAGAGUGCAUCCCUGCCGAUCAACUAAACUUACCCGCUGCGAGGUGCAUGACCCCGCGCGUCAAGGGCUAGAUGCUGUGGACGUCUCAUUGGACUGCGGAGG